UACCUACGUCGAGAUAAGUUUUGAGAUCUGUACUCAAAUAUUGGUCACUCAUACCAGCAUGGCCGCGCCGUUUCUGAAGUCUUAUGGCAUGAGAGGACACAAGAUUCUGUGAUGCAACUUGUCUGACAUAAUCGUAUUAUAUCGUGACAAGUGUGUACGUUGGAACCCAACGCGGACUCCGCAGUCGUUGAUGAGCGCAACAUAAUUUAGCUCGCCAUGUUUCGCCAGACGAAGGCGGUGCUCGAGAAACUUCGACAUGUCCGUUCAAAGGGCCCGCAUCUUUCAUGGAGACAGUGGAGCACUGCAGCAGCAGGAAAGAAGGCUCUUCAAUACACAGCCGGGCAACAAAUGCAUGGAUUUACAGUAAAAGAGGUUGUUGCGGUGCCUGACUUGUUCCUCACUGCCAUCAAGUUGACUCACGACACAACAGGAGCUCAGUACCUGCACGCGGCCAGAGAUGAUCCAAACAAUCUCUUCAGCGUGCAGUUCCGGACCACCCCUAUGGACAGCACAGGGGUCCCUCAUAUCCUGGAGCACACUGUGCUGUGUGGGUCCCAAAAGUAUCCGUGCAGAGAUCCGUUCUUCAAAAUGCUCAACAGGUCCCUAUCCACCUUCAUGAACGCCUUCACAGCCAGCGACUACACCAUGUAUCCAUUCUCCACGCAGAAUGCAAAAGACUUCCAGAAUCUUCUGUCUGUCUACCUGGAUGCCGUCUUCUUCCCGUGCUUGCGGGAGCAGGAUUUCUGGCAGGAGGGCUGGAGGCUGGAAAACGAAGACCCCACCGACGCCAGCUCGCCUCUGGUCUUCAAAGGUGUGGUCUUCAACGAGAUGAAAGGGGCUUUUUCGGACAACGAGCGUCUGUACGCUCAGCACCUCCAGAACAAACUUUAUCCUGACCACACGUACUCGGUGGUGUCCGGCGGAGAGCCGCUGGCCAUUCCCAACCUUAGUUGGGAGCAGCUCAAGCAGUUCCACGCCACGCACUACCACCCCAGCAAUGCCAGGUUGUUCACGUAUGGAGACCUUCCUCUGGAGCAACACCUGAAGCAGAUUGACCAGGAGGCGCUGUCCAAGUUUCAACGCAUCCACCCCAACACUCAAGUCCCGUCUCAACCGCACUGGACCAGCCCUAGGGAAGAGCACGUCACCUGCAGUCCCGACGCGAUGGCUCCCGACGCCACGCGACAGAACACGCUGUGUGUCAGCUACCUGCUGGGAGACAUCACCGACACCUUCGAAGCCUUCACCCUCAGCCUGCUGUCUUCUCUGAUGACAUCCGGUCCCAACGCUCCCUUCUACAAAGCUCUCAUCGAACCCAAAAUCGGAACGGACUUCUCCUCGGUGGUCGGAUACGACGGCAGCACCAAGGAGGCGUCGUUCAGCAUCGGCCUGCAGGGGAUGGCCGAGGACGACGCGGAGAAGGUCAAGAACAUCAUACACCGGACCAUCGAUGACAUCAUCGAGACCGGUUUCGAGGAUGAGAGGAUCGAGGCGCUCCUGCACAAGAUCGAGAUCCAGAUGAAGCACCAGUCCACCAACUUUGGCCUCUCCUUGGCCUCGUACAUCGCAUCUUCGUGGAACCACGACGGCGACCCGGUGGAGCUUCUGCAGAUCAGCAACAGCGUCCUUAAGUUUCGACAGGCCCUGCGAGAGAACCCGCGUUUCCUCCAGGACAAAGUCCAACACUACUUUAAGGACAACACCCACAGACUCACCCUCUCCAUGAGUCCCGACGACACCUACCUGGACAAGCAGGCCUCCGCCGAAGAGCGCAUCCUGCAGGAGAAGAUCAGCGCUCUGUCUGACAGCGACAAGAAGGACAUUUACGAGAAAGGUCUUCAGCUGCUGGACGCUCAAAGCAAAACACAGGACGCUUCGUGUCUGCCCGCACUCAAAGUGUCCGACAUCGCGCCCACCAUCCCCAUCACUCCUGUACACAUGACCAAAGCAGACGGUGUUCCGCUCCAGCUGUGCGAGCAGCCCACCAACGGCUUAGUGUACUUCCGGGCCAUGUGCAGCCUCAACACGCUGCCCGAGGACCUGAAGCUUUAUGUGCCGCUCUUCUGCAGCGUCAUCACCAAGUUGGGCAGUGGCUCUAUGGACUAUCGUCAGCAGGCCCAACAGAUGGAGUUGAGGACUGGCGGCAUGUCCGUGUCCACCCAAGUCAUCCCUGACUGCACCCACAUGGACAUGUUCGAGCAGGGCGUCCUCCUGUCCUCCUCCUGCUUGGAGAGGAACCUUCCCCAUAUGUUCCAGCUGUGGGGGGACAUCUUCAACAGCCCCCGCUUUGAUGACCGGGAGCGCUUGCGCGUGCUGGUGAUGAUGUCAGCGCAGGAGCUGGCCAACGGGAUCUCCGACUCCGGACACGUGUACGCCAUGACGCAGGCCGGACACCUCCUGACUCCGGCCGGAGAACUCCUCGAAACAUUUGAUGGGAUGGACCAGGUGAAGUUCAUGAAGAGGAUAGCGGAGAUGUCGGACCUGACCCCGGUCCUCCGUACGCUCCCCAGGAUCAAGAAGCACCUCCUCAACCCGAAGAACAUGAGGUGUGCCAUCAACGCCACGCCUCAGCAGACAUCCAAAUCGGUGGCCCACCUGGAGAGCUUCAUGAAGGACGUGGCCGGCAACAAGAAGCACUUCAAAGCCGUGCGGCCAAAUGUCGUCGAGAGGCCGCUAGAUGUCCGUAACGUCUCUGGAGCCAGCAGGACACUUGUGGCUCAUCCAAAUUUCCAGCCUUGUCACAUGAAGACUUUCAUCCAGAUGCCAUUUCCUGUCAAUUUUGUCGGCGAGUCUGUGCGCACCGUCCCCUACAGCCACGAAGACUAUGCCAGUCUUUGCGUGUUGGGAAGGAUGAUGACGGCCAAGUUUCUUCACGGGGAGAUCCGAGAAAAGGGCGGGGCCUACGGUGGCGGAGCCAGAAUGGGUGGAGGCGGCCUGUUCUCGUUUUACUCUUACAGGGAUCCAAACUCGGUCCAGACGCUCUCCGCAUUUAGCAAAGGUGUCAACUGGGUCAAGUCGGCCAAGUUCACCCAGCAGGACAUCGACGAAGCCAAGCUCUCCGUUUUCUCUGCCGUCGACUCGCCUGUGGCGCCCUCGAGCAAAGGAAUGUCUGUCUUCCUGAGCGGAAUCACCGACGAAAUGAAGCAGCGGCACCGCGAGCGACUCUUUGACGUCACUCGGGAAAACCUGCUGGACGUGGCUGAGAGGUACCUGAGUGUCGGCAACAAGACGUGCGGCGUUUCCAUCCUGGGCCCGGAGAACGAUGUGAUCAAGAGAGAUCCAUCAUGGGUGGUAAAAUAAGAAACCAUAUGUGACGUGUAUGUGAAAACAUUCUGUACAUAAUGAUGCGACAAGACGAAUAAAUUAUCAUGUUGGAAUAGAAAUAGUAGUCCACAAAGUA